CUUCAGCUGCCUUCGUAGUUGGUCAUGAAAACCAACUGUUCUCAUUCAGCCAUUCCUGGGGUUGGAGGAAGUCUUCACAUGCUUAAGAGACGGAAACCCCGGAGACCAGGAAUCGAAACAGAAACUGUCCCAGUUCAAACUUUAAACACUGACUUCCUCUCUGGGAACCAGUCGGAAGUUUGGCAACUGAAGCAGCAGAAACUCGGACCCUUGAAGCAGAACGCAGAGAGGGGACAGGAUAGUGUCACUGUACGGAGCACCGCCACAGGUGGCAACUACCGGGUCCGAUUCCGCGGAGUAGCCUGGUAGAGCUGUGUAGUUAGUUGUCUUUCAGUCUGCGCGGAGUCCUUGGAGGGCAAGGCAGAGGGCACUGAGGUCCCAGCAGGCAAGCAGAGCUGGGCGCACUUUAAACCCUACGAUCAACUUCGAAGCAGAAAGAACGAAGUUCUAAGGACACCAAGGAACGCGCAGAGGUGAGAACGCUGAGUGACUGCAUCUCCAGGGCCUGUCUACCUGUGAAAAAUGUCAAGUGAAUAUUCCCGGGAGGAGAAGAUUUUCCUUAAUCUGAUCCGGUGCUUGAGUCCGAGGCUGACACAAUAUAUCCAAGUGGAACCAGUGCUGGACUACCUGACUUUCCUGGGGAGAGUUGAGAAAGAACGUAUUCAGCACACCGCUGCUACUAAGGGAAACACGAUAGCCGCAAGGUUACUGUUGAGCACAUUAGAGAAAGGGACCUGGGGACCUGGCUGGACUCAAGUGUUUCUCACAGGGCUUAGGAAAGGGGGCUGCACUUUAGCUGCUCGAUACAUGAGCCCAGACCUCGCUGACUUGCCUUCUCCAUCGUUAGAGACCUGUUAUGAUCAGUGUGCCCAGCUGCUGGACAUUUUGCAACCCACCCUGGUCGACAAGCUUCAAGCUACUGAUGUUGUGGACAAAUGCUUGGAAAAGGCUCUGCUAACGAAGGAAGAUAGGAAUCGGGUUGUUCAUCUUGAUGAAAAUUAUGGAAAUGAACGUGCUGUCAGGGAACUGCUGAGCAGAAUAGUGCAAAAAGAAGAUUGGUUUUCUAAAUUUCUGAGUAUUCUUCAUGAAGCUACCUAUGUUCAACUUGCUGAAGACCUCACAGGCAUUAACUGCUUGAAAGACAAUGAAGAGAUUAAGGAAAAUGGAAUUGAAAAAUUAUCCCCAAAGGAUGGUCAUGUCAUUGAAGAGACACUUAUUUCUUUAUCGGAUCAUCAAGAAGAAGAAAAUGAUAGUCUAACUGUUGAAAAUGAUGAAUUGGAAUCAUCUUUGGCCGACUCUUCUGUGGUUUCAGAAUCAGACACAAGUUUGGCAGAAGGAAGUGUCAGCUGCUUAGAUGAAAGUCUUGGACAUAACAGCAACAUGGGCAGUGUUUCAGGCACCAUGGGAAGUGAUUCAGACCAAGAUGAUGAGAAGAAAAGAGCAUUUCCUGAGCCGGAACUGGUCCUCAGGUCCUACCAAAUGGAAGUGGCCAAACCAGCUUUAGAAGGGAAGAAUAUUAUUAUAUGCCUCCCUACAGGAAGUGGGAAAACAAGAGUAGCCGUUUACAUUGCCAAGGAUCACUUAGAUAAGAAGAAAAAAGCAUCAGAGCCUGGAAAAGUAAUGGUGCUUGUGAAUAAGGUACCGUUAGUUGAACAGCACUUCCGUAAAGAAUUUAAACCAUUCUUGAAGAAAUGGUAUAACGUCAUUGGAGUAAGUGGUGAUUCUCAACUGAAGAUAUCAUUCCCAGAAGUUGUAAAAUCCAAUGAUGUUAUUAUCAGUACAGCACAAAUCUUGGAGAAUUCCCUUUUGAAUUCAGAGAAUGGAGAAGAUGAUGGUGUCCAGUUAUCAGAUUUUUCCCUCAUUAUUAUCGAUGAAUGCCAUCAUACCAACAAAGAAGCUGUCUAUAAUAAUAUAAUGAUACGUUAUCUGAAACAAAAGAUGAAGAAUUGUCGACUCAAGAAGGAAAAUAAACCAGUGGUACCUCAACCUCAAAUACUUGGACUGACAGCUUCACCUGGUGUGGGAGGGGCCAAAAAGCAAUCUAAAGCUGAAGAACAUAUUUUAAAAAUAUGUGCUAAUCUUGAUGCCUAUACAAUUAUCACUGUUAAAGAAAAUGCUGCCCUUUUAAAAGAACAAGUGAAGGAACCCUAUAAGAAGUUUGUGAUUGCAGAUGACAACAGAGAAAAUCCAUUUAAAAAGAAACUUCUAGAAAUAAUGACAGACAUUCAUACCUUUAGUCAAAUGAAUCCAACAUCUGAUUUUGGGACACAAACCUAUGAACACUGGGUCAUUCAUCAGGAAAAAAGAGCUGCAAAAGAAGGGAAUCGCAAAGAACGUGUUUGUGCAGAGCAUUUGAGGAAGUACAAUGAAGCUCUACAAAUCAAUGACACGAUCCGAAUGAUAGAUGCAUACCACCACCUCAAAAGUUUCUAUAAUGAUGAAAAGGAGAAGAAGAUAGCAGCCCAAGAGUACGAUAGUGAGGAGGAGGAGGAAGAGGAGGAAGAUAAUAAUAAAAAGAAACUGUUGAAAUUAGAUGAAACAGAUCUGUUUCUUCUAGAAUUAUUUUAUGAAAAUAAGAAAAAAUUGAAAAAGCUGGCCAUCACUCCAGAUCAUGAAAAUGAAAAAUUGACCAAAUUAAGAAACACCAUAAUGGAAGAGUUUACUAAAACUGAUGGAUCUGUAGCGCGAGGAAUAAUCUUCACCAAGACUCGGCAAAGUGCAUUUGCUCUCUCUCAGUGGAUUAAUGACAUUGAAAAAUUUGCUGAAGUAGGAGUAAAAGCUCACCAUCUGAUUGGGGCUGGAAAUAGCAGUGAAUUUAAACCCAUGACACAGAAUGAACAAAAGGAAGUAAUUAAUAAUUUUCGUACUGGAAAAAUAAACCUACUUAUUGCUACCACAGUAGCUGAAGAAGGCCUGGAUAUAAAAGAAUGUAAUAUUGUUAUCCGUUAUGGUCUUGUCACCAAUGAAAUAGCCAUGUUACAGGCCCGAGGUCGAGCUCGAGCUGAUGAAAGCACAUAUGUGUUGGUGGCAAGUGGUGGCUCAGGAGUGGUUGAACGUGAAAGUGUUAAUUUGUAUCGUGAGAAGAUGAUGCACAAAGCUAUUGACCGAGUUCAAAAUAUGAAUCUAGAGGAGUAUGCUCAUAAGAUUUUGGAGUUACAAAUGCAAAGUAUAAUGGAAAAGAAAAUGAAAACUAAGAAAAGUCUUGCAAAGCAAUUAAAGGACAAUCCAUCAUUAAUUACCUUCUUCUGUAAAAACUGUGGUGUGAUGGCCUGUUCUGGAGAAAACAUCCAAGUGAUUGAGGACAUGCAUCAUGUCAACAUGACACGGGAAUUUAAGAAACUCUACAUCGUAAGAGAAAAUAAAGCACUUCGAAAGAAAUUCACAGACUAUCAAACAAACGGUGAGAUCAUUUGCAGUCAGUGUGGCCAGGCCUGGGGAACUAUGAUGGUGAACAAAGGUUUAGACUUACCUUGUCUCAAAAUAAAAAAUUUUGUGGUGGCUUUUAAAAAUAAUUCCCAAAAGAAACAGUACAAAAAGUGGGUGGAAUUGCCCAUGAUGUUUCCAAAGCUUGACUACACAGAACAUUGUAUGUUUAGUGAUGAAGAUUAACAUGGACUUGAUAUUCUCUAAAUUCUUUAAACUUUAUAUUUUUACAAAGAAUACAGU